AUGAUCAAGAACGAAUGGGGUACCUCCACGUACCCACUGGUCCCCGGCCACGAAAUCGUCGGCCAGGUCACCGAAGUCGGCAGCCAAGUCACAAGAUUCAACUCCGGCGACCGAGUCGGCGUCGGCUGCAUCGUCGCCUCGUGCCGCUCCUGCGACAACUGCAUCGACGACCUCGAAAACUACUGCCCCAAAUACACCCUCACCUAUUCCGGCCUCAGCUCCGACGGCACCAUAACCUACGGCGGCUACUCCGACGUCAUGGUCUGCGACGAGCACUUCGUCCUCCGAAUCCCCGACGCCCUGCCCCUCCAUUCCGCCGCUCCUUUGCGGCGAUAG